AGAUAAAAAAUGCCGACUCGCUUUUCCAACACCCGCAAGCACCGUGGUCAUGUUUCCGCCGGUCACGGACGAGUAGGAAAGCACCGCAAGCACCCUGGUGGUCGUGGUCUUGCCGGUGGUCAGCACCACCACCGAACCAACUUCGAUAAAUACCAUCCUGGUUACUUCGGUAAAGUCGGUAUGCGUCACUUCCACCUUAAACGCAAUCAGUACUGGCGUCCUAUCAUCAAUAUCGACAAACUGUGGAGCCUAGUUCCUGCUGAGGAGAAGAAGGGACUGACAGAGGAAUCUGAGGUGGUGCCGGUCAUCGACACGUUAAGACACGGAUACAGUAAAGUUCUGGGUAACGGAGAACUACCAAAACUUCCCUUCAUUGUGAAAGCACGCUUUGUGUCAUCAAUUGCAGAGCGGAAAAUCAAAGAAGCUGGUGGUGUAGUGACACUGGUUGCAUGAGGU